UGGCGAUUGGUAUGCUGUUUUGAACCGACUUUCCCUAAGCCCAACAUCAAAUAGAGAGAUACAGCUAUGGUGGGCGUUCGAUUCUGAUAUCAUUUGGGCGCGCGUGGAACGCACUUCACUCUCCCAAUCCUUUCGAUUCGGCGCAAACUACCGCGAUUCAGGCGACUGAAUCUAGGGUUUGGUUUUUAGUUCUAGCUUAGCAGGAAAAGGUUGGAGGUAUAAAAAAUGGAUGUCGAUGCAGAGAUUCAGAAGGUCAAAGAAGAGAGGCAGAAAAUGGAGAAGGAUCUGGCUGCACUCACCUCUCUAACGUUUGACACCGAUCUUUACAGUUCAAGCAAGUUCGAAGGUUAUGAGAAAUCGAUCCCUGUUAACGAGGAGGAGGAUAAUAUGGAUGCAGCGGAGAAUGAAAUUGCUCGAAAAAUGGCUUCCUUCACUGCCCCAAAACAGUUUUUCAAGGAGCCUCUGAGAGCCGGCGAGGAUGAUGAUACAUCGGGGUUUAAGCAGCCGAGCAAGAUUAUUGAUAGAGAAGACGACUACAGGAGGAGGAGAUUAAACAGGAUAAUAUCUCCAGAAAGGAAUGAUCCGUUUUUGGACAAGACUCCCGGCCCUGAGGUGAGGACUUAUGCCGAUGUUAUGCGAGAAGAAGCUCUGAAAAGGAAGGAGGAUGAGGUGAAGAGGGAAAUCGCGAAAAGGAAGAAGGAAGAAGAGGAGGCGGUGAAGGAGAAUAAAGAUGUCGAAAAGCCGAAAAAGAGGAACAGAUGGGAUGUUUCACAGGACGAAAGUGGCGCUGGGAAGAAGGCCAAAGCAGGGUCCGAUUGGGAUAUGCCCGAUUCGACUCCCGGAAUCGGUAGAUGGGAUGCAACGCCGACUCCCGGGAGACUCGGUGACGCUACCCCUUCACUGUCGAGGAAAAAUCGAUGGGACGAGACGCCUACGCCGGGGCGGGUGAAUGAUUCCGAUGCAACUCCUGCCGGAGGGGUCACACCCGGCGCAACCCCCGCCGGAAUGGCGUGGGAUGCGACGCCGAAGCUUGGCGGGUUAGCGACUCCGACUCCGAAACGGCAGCGGUCGAGGUGGGACGAAACUCCGGCGACUAUGGGUAGCGCCACUCCGGGUGCUACCCCUGCUGCGGCGUAUACGCCGGGUGUCACUCCUUUUGGCGCUGCGGACGCGGCUACGCCAACGCCGAAUGCGAUUAUGCGUAGCGCCAUGACUCCCGAGCAGUACAAUCUUCUUCGAUGGGAGAAGGAUAUCGAGGAACGGAAUCGGCCGUUAACCGACGAGGAGCUCGACGCAAUGUUCCCGGAAGAAGGGUAUAAGAUUUUGGAACCCCCCGCGUCGUACGUACCGAUUAGGACUCCUGCUCGGAAGCUUCUUGCGACGCCAACUCCGAUGGCGACGCCGCUGUACAACAUUCCGGAAGAAAACCGAGGGCAGCAGUUCGAUGUGCCGAAAGAGCUGCCGGGCGGGUUACCAUUUAUGAAGCCCGAGGAUUAUCAGUAUUUCGGAUCGCUUUUGAACGAAGAAAACGAAGAGGAGUUGUCUCCGGAUGAGCAGAAAGAACGAAAGAUUAUGAAACUCUUGCUGAAAGUGAAGAAUGGCACUCCCGCACAGAGGAAAACGGCAUUGCGACAGUUGACGGACAAGGCGAGGGAAUUCGGUGCCGGGCCGUUGUUUAAUCGGAUUUUGCCGCUGCUUAUGCAGCCGACUUUGGAAGAUCAAGAACGGCAUUUGUUGGUGAAGGUUAUUGAUCGAGUGCUGUAUAAGUUGGACGAGUUGGUUCGUCCGUUUGUCCACAAAAUUCUCGUCGUUAUCGAGCCUCUACUGAUCGACGAGGAUUACUACGCACGUGUUGAAGGUCGAGAGAUUAUUUCGAAUCUGAGCAAGGCGGCUGGAUUGGCAACUAUGAUCGCUGCGAUGCGUCCGGACAUUGACAACAUCGACGAGUACGUUCGGAACACUACCGCAAGAGCUUUUAGCGUCGUCGCCUCUGCGCUCGGGAUUCCUGCGUUGCUGCCGUUCUUGAAAGCUGUUUGUCAGAGUAAGAAAUCGUGGCAGGCUCGGCACACGGGGAUUAAGAUCGUGCAGCAGAUUGCGAUUCUGAUAGGUUGCGCUGUUCUUCCGCAUUUGAGGUCUCUUGUCGAGAUUAUCGAACACGGUCUGAAUGACGAAAACCAGAAGGUUCGAACCAUUACGGCGCUGUCGCUUGCCGCUCUUGCUGAGGCUGCAGCUCCGUACGGCAUCGAAAGUUUCGACUCGGUGCUGAAGCCUCUCUGGAAAGGUAUCAGAUCCCACCGUGGGAAGGUCUUGGCGGCGUUUCUGAAGGCGAUUGGGUUUAUCAUACCGCUGAUGGAUGCGAUUUAUGCGAGCUAUUAUACGAAGGAAGUCAUGGUUAUUCUAAUCCGUGAAUUUCAAUCGCCGGACGAAGAAAUGAAGAAGAUCGUGCUGAAAGUGGUGAAGCAAUGCGUGAGCACUGAAGGCGUGGAACCAGAUUAUAUUCGAAACGAUAUUCUGCCGGAGUUUUUCCGUAAUUUUUGGGUCCGGAGGAUGGCGUUGGACAGGCGAAACUACAAGCAGCUCGUCGAAACGACCGUCGAGAUCGCCAAUAAAGUCGGGGUUGCCGAUAUUGUCGGUCGAAUCGUCGAAGACCUGAAAGACGAGAGCGAGCCGUAUCGAAGGAUGGUUAUGGAGACGAUUGAGAAGGUCGUCGCGAAUUUAGGGGCUUCUGAUAUCGACGCUCGAUUAGAAGAGCUUUUGAUUGACGGGAUUCUUUAUGCUUUCCAAGAGCAGACGAGCGACGACGCGAAUGUUAUGCUUAAUGGGUUUGGUGCCGUCGUGAAUUCGCUCGGCCAGAGAGUGAAGCCGUACCUUCCCCAGAUCUGCGGUACGAUAAAAUGGCGACUAAACAACAAAAGUGCGAAAGUUAGGCAACAGGCGGCGGAUCUGAUUUCGAGAAUCGCGGUUGUUAUGAAACAGUGCGGCGAAGAACAAUUGAUGGGCCAUCUCGGCGUCGUGCUGUACGAAUAUUUGGGCGAGGAAUACCCGGAAGUUUUGGGUUCGAUUUUGGGUGCUCUGAAAGCGAUCGUGAAUGUUAUCGGUAUGACGAAGAUGACGCCGCCGAUUAAGGAUUUGCUGCCUCGUUUGACGCCGAUUUUGAAGAAUCGACACGAGAAGGUCCAAGAGAAUUGUAUCGAUCUCGUCGGCAGAAUCGCGGAUCGUGGCGCCGAAUUUGUUCCUGCGAGAGAAUGGAUGCGGAUAUGUUUCGAGUUACUUGAGAUGCUGAAAGCCCACAAGAAGGGCAUCCGGAGGGCGACGGUGAACACGUUCGGGUACAUCGCGAAGGCCAUCGGCCCGCAAGACGUGCUUGCGACGCUCUUGAACAACCUCAAAGUUCAAGAACGACAGAACCGCGUGUGCACGACUGUCGCGAUAGCGAUCGUCGCGGAAACGUGCUCGCCGUUCACCGUUUUGCCCGCGCUGAUGAACGAGUACCGUGUCCCCGAGCUGAACGUCCAGAACGGUGUUCUGAAGUCGCUCUCGUUUUUGUUCGAGUACAUCGGCGAGAUGGGGAAGGACUACAUUUACGCCGUGACCCCGCUGCUCGAGGACGCUCUGAUGGACCGGGACCUCGUGCACCGGCAGACGGCGUCGUCCGCGGUCAAGCACAUGGCGCUCGGCGUCGCGGGUCUCGGUUGCGAGGAUGCGCUGAUCCACCUGAUGAAUUACGUCUGGCCGAACAUUUUCGAGACGUCGCCGCACGUUAUUAACGCCGUCAUGGAAGCGAUCGAAGGAAUGCGAAUCGCGCUGGGUCCGGCUGUGAUUUUGAAUUAUUGUCUUCAGGGUUUGUUCCAUCCGGCGAGGAAGGUCCGGGAGGUCUACUGGCGAAUUUAUAAUUCGCUCUACAUUGGCGCGCAGGAUGCGCUCGUUUCGGCGUAUCCGGUCCUCGAGGACGAAGGGAGUAACGUCUACUCGAGGCCUGAAUUGCAUAUGUUCGUCUGAUUGUUGCACGACGGAUCGAAGGUAGUAAUUGGUCUCGAAUUGGUAUCGUUUUUAGUAUCGCUAUUUUCGUAUUAUUACUGCAGAAGACUGAUUUUUGCUUACGCUUUUAUCGUUUAAAAUUCGAUUCCGGGUUCUGUCGUCUUAUCUCGCUUAUUGAAGGUGUUGUAGGUGUCGUUGAAUGGUUUGAUCGUCGAGUGCGCGGCGGAGGGAUGUCGUCGACUUACAUUAUCGUCGCCGGACAUCCUUGUAAGUGCCGUUAUUAGUUUUAUGGUUUCUUGGAUAUACUUUGAGUCGGAUAUUCGUAUUGCAAUUUUUUUUCUUUUUUUUUAUAUAUACUUUGAGUAGCAUAAGUUUCUGUGGACACUGGGAUGUUAUUUUGGUUAACUUUGUUUGAAUGUGCUUUUGUUGUGAUACUUCCAACUUGAUUGCUUGUUUUGCUUU